GGGACUUCCGGUAUCCACGUUGUGGGCGUCAUUUUGAAUAUGCUUGAGCUUUUUCACAAUUCAAAGGCUUCGGGUACCGGUGCCGGUAAGAGGUGACGAGGCCUUUAAAGUCCGAGAGGAGGCACAGCUCGGGCGGCAAAGAGGCGGGUCUGAGGUUCUGCGACGCCGCCCGGAGUGUCCCACACCCGCGUGGGAUACGGACUGCGGUGCCCGCGCCCCUCCUCUCCCGCUGCUCCCGGCUCAGCUCCGCCCACAGAGCCCGAUGGCGGCGGCGGUGCUGUGGGACCCGCCUCAGGGUGGUGUGAACUUUGAGGACAUUGCUGUGUACUUUUCCUGGGAGGAAUGGAGGCUCCUUGAUGAGGCUCAGAGACGCCUGUACCUCGAUGUGAUGCUGGACAACUAUGCACUUAUAUCCUCCCUGGGUUGCUGCUGUGGAGCAGAGGGUUCAGAGGCACCUUUUGAACAGAUUGAUUCUCUAGGAGUGUCACAGGCCAGGAUAUCUGAGGCAGCUUUAUCUUCCCAGGAGACCCACCCCUGCGGGAUGUGUGGUCCAGUCUUGAGAGAUGUUUUCCACUUGGCUGAGUCACAGGAAACAGAACACCACCAAAAACUAUUGAGGUGUGGAGCAUGUGCAAAACGAUUUUAUUUUGGUGCAAGCAUUCAACAGCACCAGGAGGAGCAAAUACGAGAAAAACCUUUCAGAAGCAGUGUGGAUGAAGCCUUGUUUGUGAAAAGCUGCAGAUUCCUUGCGUCACAGAAGCCAUUUACCUGUGGGGAGUUUGAAAAAGACUUCCCGAUCAUCAUGGGAUGUCUGCAGCAACAGGCCACUCAUGCUGUAGAGAAGCCAAACAUAAUCGCCCAUUGUGGGUCAAGUUUACAAAGCAGGAAAAGUCAUCACACCUGGGGAGAGUGCAAGAAAGCCCUCAGCCCUGAACACACACUUCUUCAGGACCAGGGUGUCUACACUGGAAGACCUUGCUUUGUGUGCAGUGAAUGUGGGAAAACAUUUAGGUACAAAUCCUCAUUUGUUGUGCACCAGAGAGUCCACGUUGGAGAAGGGCUUCACAUGUGUGGUGAAUGUGGAAAAUCCUUUAGACAAAACUCAAGCCUCAGUCAACAUCGAAGUGUUCAUACUGGGGCAAUGCAGUAUAAUUGCAGCAAAUGUGGGAAAUCCUUAAGUCAUAAAUCUGUCAUCAUUUCUCCCCACACAUGGUGCAAUGGAGAGAAUAGUUAUGUUUGCAGUGAAUGUUCAAAGUCUUUUACCUCUAGCUCAGCCCUCACUUAUCAUCAGAGAUCUCACACAGGAGAAAGGCCUUAUGAGUGCAAUGAAUGUGGGAAAUCUUUCAUCUCCAGGCCUGCUCUCAGAUACCAUCAGAGAUCUCACACAGGAGAGAGACCUUAUGAGUGCAGUGACUGUGGGAAGAGUUUUACCACUAGCUCUAACCUCCAUUAUCAUCAGAGAGUUCACACUGGAGAAAGGCCAUAUAAGUGCAGUGAAUGUGGGAAAUCUUUUAACAAUAGAUGGGUUCUUAUUCAACACCAGAGAGUACACACAGGAGAAAGGCCUUAUGAGUGUACUGAGUGUGGGAAAUUGUUUAAGUAUGGAUCCCAACUGAAUCAACACCAGAAAGCUCACACCGGCGAAAAGCCUUUUAAGUGCUCUGAGUGUGGGAAAUCUUUUAACAAUAGGUGGACACUUAUUCAGCACUGGAGGGUUCACACAGGAGAAAGGCCUUUUGAGUGCAGUGAAUGUGGAAAAUUCUUUAAUCGAAGAAAUAACCUCAUUUUACACCAGAGAAUUCACACAGGAAUAAGGCCUUAUGCAUGCAACGAAUGUGGGAAGUCUUUUACAUUUAGUUCCAGCCUCCGUUAUCAUCAGAGAGCUCACACUGGAGAAAGGCCUUAUGAGUGUAAGGAAUGUGGUAAAUCUUUUAUCUCUAGAUCUGAUCUCCAUUAUCACCAUAGAGUUCAUUCUGGAGAAAGGCCUUUUGAGUGUAGCGAGUGUGGGAAAUCCUUUAUCCAAAGAAAUAACCUCAUAAUACACCAGAGAGUUCACACAGGAGAAAGACCUUAUGUAUGUGAUGAGUGUGGUAAAUCUUUUACCUGUAGCUCUACCCUCCAUUAUCAUCAGAGAGUUCACACUGGAGUAAGGCCUUAUGUGUGCAGUGAAUGUGGGAAAUCAUUUAUUACCAUGUCUAAACUGCGUUGUCAUCAGAAAGGUCACACUGGAGAAAGACCUUAGGAGUGCACUGAAUGUGGGAAAUCUUUUAUGGAAAACAUCAGAGAGUUCACUCUGUACAAAGGCAUAGACAUGAAGGGAAUACACAGUUUCCGUGGUCAGUAUCAGAGUGCUGGAGGAAACUUUCUGAGGAGCCAUCUCUCCACAUUGACUCCUCCUAUAUAUCUGAGCAUGCAAGUGGGGAGAGUCCCCUUAAGUUUGUUAUGUGGGAAGCACGUGUGGCUUUCUUGCACUUUCUAACCUGUCCAGGGCUAUUCCCAGAUGUGUGUCACUGUCAUCUCUGUGAUCAAGGCCAUUUCACUUCUACCACCUGGCAGAUCCCCACGGUGUGCAUCAGUCAUCAACCCAGUUCACUCAGGGAAGCUGAGCUCUGUCCUCCCAUGCAUUGUAGCAAAUUAGGAGUCACUUGAGCCCUCGGGGUGUCUUUCCCUCGACUCUCUUGGGCAUGGACCUGACCCAAUGUUGGUCCAUAGAACAUUGGAGUUUGCUAGCAGCUUUCCAACAAGGACUGAAAUUUUCCAGGUGUCAUGUUGAUAUCAUGUGAUACUUGUGAUGAAUUUUUCCAGCUUUCAAGUUACAAACUCCAGAACUCUGGACCACAUGUUACUUUGGCUUGAACAAUAACAGGCCUUACCCUUUAGGUCCUCGUUAACUUUGGGAGUUCUGUUCCCAUGUAGUUUAUGAACAGAUUUGUGCUCUGCAGGCAUGAAGGGGAGAACUUUUUAUGGGCCUCACACCUGUGCCUAAGGAGGGACAACAGGACGACAGAAAAUAACAUGAUUUUGAACUUAUUUGUAUUGCUGCCCAGAGCUUCCUAGGGAAAACCGCAAAGCUUUUUCUUCCUCAUAUGGACCUGUAUCCUUUUUCUUUUUUGACCACGCCCAUGGCAUGUAGAAGCUCCCAGGCCAAGGAUUGAACUCGAGCCAUAGCAGCAACCUGAGCCAGUGCAGUGACAAUGCAGGAUCCUUAACCCUUUGUGCCACAGGGAUAUCCUGUAUCCUGUAGUAUUUCGGACGACUCUGAGGAGGGGCAGGUGUGAGCAUCUUGAGUGCUUCUGAGAGCAGCAUGAGUUGUUUCUCUUACCCAGAGGAGAGCUCACAGGCACACCAGUGUAGUGAGGUUUAUCUUCCCCAGGUCUACAGAGACCUGUAUCUCCUCAUGACCAGAAUUCACUGGGCUAGGGGGUCUCUGAUUGUAAGACUCUUGGUUCCAGGGGAAACCAUAGUUGGUACAGAAACUGCUUUCAUAGGUGGUGGAAGAGACUGCAGUCAUUGAGAUGGAAUGUGCCACUUCUGAAAGUGUAUCCAGGAAUGUGUCUGCAACUGUGCAGACAAACUUUAAGACCUGUAGGCAUGUUUAUCUCGUGUAGCUGAAGACCUUGUCAGAGAAAUCAGGAGGUUUUCUGGCUUGCUGUAGCCUAUCACUGAUGUGUGCCUCGAGGCCCUUAUUCCCCAGGGAGGAUAAAAGGGGGAAAGGAGAUUCAUAUUCUGAGACUGUGGCUCUCUUGACCCACACAGCAUUGCUCUUGACUAGGUGAACACGUUCACUGCUUCCCACUGAGGCAAGACUGGCCCUCCAGAAGGCCUGAGGAGAGAGAUGGUAGAGUCAAUAUGCCCACCCUACUUUCCAUAAAGAGUGGGACAUAGAGAUUGUUUUAUCUUGAGCCAAUGUUUAAAACUUCAUAAAAGUAUAAUUUACAUGUACUUAAUAGCUUAUACUUAAAAUGUACAAUCUGAGGAGUUCCCUGAUUGGUGGUGUCACUGCUGUGACCUGGCUCACUGCUGUGGAGUGCGUUCAGUCUCUGGGCAAUUUGCAUAUGGGGCACAGCUAAAAAGAUAAAAUGUACAAUCUGUUAAGUUUUGAACCUCUGAAAACAACAUUGUAGUCCCAAUAAUGACCAUAUCUGUCAAGGUAUACUUACCUCAUGUCCUUUUAUAAUCUCUCCUUUCCCUUCCCACCUCUCAGGUAACCACUUUCCCUUACUAUAGGUAAAUCUUGCAUUUUCUAGUAUUUACAUGUUUGUAACCUAAACUGUUUUUUGUUUUUUUUUUUUCCUGACUUUGUAAUUACUUGGGGGUAUGGUUAGCUCAUCUUUUUUUUUUUUUUUUCUUUCUGAGUAAGAUUCUUACCUUUGAAUAUGCCACUUUUGCUUUACUUACAACUUAAUGUGUCUUUAGGUUAUUUCUAGGUUGUGCUGAUUGGAAAUAAACCUGUUAAAAUGUUUGUGUCAAUUUCUAUGGAUGUAUGUUUCUUUUAUCUUUUGUCAAUAACUUAGAAUGAGUCACAGGGUAGAUCUAAAAUGAUUGUACUUUUUUGCAUGUUAACCAUCAGUGUGUUAGAGUUUCCAUUUCUGGAGCCUAUUCUUGAUAGGGUCAGUCUUUUAUGUUAGGCCUUUUCAUAAGUGUAUAGUGCUAUCUCAGUGUGGUUUUCAUUGCAUUUUUCUUAUGACUCAUGAUUUUGCACAUUUUUCAUGUCUUUAUUUGCCACCUGUAUAUUUUUUGUGUGCUGUU